UGUAUAUUUUUUAUUCAAAAUGGAUCCAUACAGCAGUGAAUAUACUGCACGAGAUACCAACUAUAAAAGUAGGCGCAACAGCCAUAGACGCAAUGAAGCAUCGUCGUCAAUUUCGUAUACACGUCAUAGAGAGCGUCAGGAAAAGCUGCCAUAUUUCAUCGAUGCCAAACGGGAGCAUGAUCGUCUGAGAAACCUGGAGAAAAGAACAAAACGCACAUCAAAGUCUUCGCCAAAACGUGAAAAAGACGGCACUAGAUCCAGAUCACGUUCCAGAGAGAGAAGAACUCGUAGAACCUCAUGCGAUCGUCGUUAUCAGGACAGAAAUUCAAAUCACAGAGUCUCAACAACCACUGAACGUCGACGUCGACGUAGCUAUUCAAGAGAUACAUCCUCGCGAGACCGUUCGCCUCGUCGGCGCACACGUUCGCGUUCGCCCGCACCUCGCAUUAUAACAGUGCCAGUCCCGGUACCAGCCGCCGAUUUUCCCUAUGGUUAUCAUUUUAAUGCCAUGUAUGCACCUGUGUCAUUCCCCAUACACCACCAUCCGCCGUGGCAUCAGUUUAGAGGACGCCUGCCGCCACCACCUAGUUACUUCGGAGCAUAUCGACCGCCUCUGAUGUCCCAUAGACACCGAUCACGUCCAUACAAUCCUCGUUUUAGCUACAGAAAUAAUUAUAGGCCGCCACCACCACCAAAUUAACGUGCAACGCUCUAGUUCUCAUAUUAACAAAUGUAUUUACUUAAC